AUGGAGGCGGUAGCAAGCUCUGGAAGGGAAAGUAAUCAGACUUGCGCUCAUUGUACCUCUGACUGCCCUCUUCGAGCUCCCGUUGAACGAAAUAAGGUCAAUCCGUUCGCCUUUGAAUUUUUCCUCAAAAAUGGAAAUUGUACGGAGGAUGGCUCCGAAGACGGUCUGGGCGAUGAACCAGUGGACGACCUGGAAGAAGGCCGAGACGACAACAUGGAAGACGGGUUGAGCAACGACUCGGGGAGCGGUUCGAAAGAAGACUCCAAUAUCAGCUUUGGUUCAACUUACACUGGUGACAAUGGCGAUGGAAAUCCUAAUGACUCGAAAGCUGACUGCGUUUCUGACGAUAUUCGCUCUCACUGGCAGGAAGCACGUCAGUUGACAGGAGAAAACCAGCAUCUCUUUGGCUCCAUUUUAUUAGAUGAGAAGAUGUGCAAGUCAAUUCUCGAGAUGAAUAUCGAGUUCUGGUGUAAGAAACAGUCCAUCUCCUCAGACUAUUGGCUAAUCCAUUGA